AUGGCCACUACACCCACCCUUCAAGAAAAUGUUGAAACAAUAGAAAGAGAUCCUGAAAGUGCUUUAUCACCUGAUACUGAAGAGGAAAAUGAGGGAAAUGAGUCAAAGAAUGAAGGAGAAAGUGGAAGAAAGAGACGUAAAUCAGUUGUUUGGGCACAUUUUAAAAGGUUGCUAUUGGACAAAACUAAUGGAGAACCCUGUGCUAAGUGCAAGUAUUGCCCAACAAUAAUUGGUUGUGACUCUACAAGACAUGGGACAAAUGGAAUGAGAAAACAUGUAAAAAAAUGUCCCAAAAAUCCGAACAAAGCAAACAAGUUGGCACAAUCUUUGCUAUUGGGCUCUCGAUUAGGGUCAUCUAAAACUUUGAGUCAUCAUCUAUUUAAUCAACUCGAUUGUAGACAAGCCAUUGCUAUCUUUGUGAUAUUGGAUGAGAUGCCUUUUAAUGUUAUGGAAGGUGAUGGUUUUAAAGAGAUGAUGAGAAGGUUAGAACCUCGCUUUAAAGUCCCUUCAAGAGCGACAGUUACUAGAGAUUGCUACAAGCUGUACCUUGAAGAAGCUAGAAAGUUGAAAAGGUAUUUUAAAAAAUCUCAAAUUCGUGUUUCACUCACUACUAAUACUUGGACUUCCAAUCAAAAUGCCAAUUAUAUGUGCUUAAUUGCUCACUGGGUUGAUGAGCAUUGGACAUAUCAAAAUCGAAUCUUGAAUUUUUGUGUAGUUGAAAUUCAUAAAGGAGAAACAAUUACUCAAGAAAUUGAGAAAUGCUUGCUAAUUGGGAGUAUUGAUAAGGUGUUUACAAUCACAGUUGAUAAUGCUUAUUCUAAUGACAUUGCUUUGGCAUCUUUAAAGGGAGUCUUGAGGCAUUGGAAUGGUUUAGUUUGUGAUGGGGAGUUCUUGCACUUGCGUUGUUGUACGCAUAUCUUAAAUUUGAUUGUUUCUAAUCGUGUGAAGGAUAUGCACAAAUGUAUUGAAGGAUCACUUUAUGUGACCUUAAAUGUUUGCUUUCAACAGAUAGUUGAUGUCUUUGCAAUUUUAUAUAAAAGUGAAAACAAUCAUGAUUCCUUGCUUUGUGAUAUGGCUAAAAGCAUGUUGACCAAGUAUAAUAAGUAUUGGGGGAACUUAGAGAAACUUAAUCUUUUGCUCGUGGUAGCAGUAGUACUUGACCCAAGGUAUAAAAUGAAAUAUUUGCAGUUUGCUUUUGAGGAUAUGUUUCCUGAGACUACACAACGUGAAGCUAUGACAAAAAAGGUCUCAGAUGUCUUGUAUCGUUUAUAUAAUCAUUAUUCAAGUGGGGUUGACACAUCUCAAACUCAAAGCUAG